CCCACGCGCGGCUUCACAGCUUUGCUGAUCUCUGCUUCCGACGACCCUCUCAGGUUGAAAAGAAACAAGCAGCCUCGACACUAGGCCAGCUACAGCAGUGGUACAAAUAGUUACGCUGUACGAGUUCCCUUCACACAGGCGUGCACGACGACAACGUUUUCAAAGUCUCAAUGCCCAGUCAGGACGAGCCGGAUAGGCUGAUGGGACGACCCUUCCGCCCUGACCCUGACCGUUCGACGUCGUCGGGUCCGGCUGGUGAAGAGACACCUGCUACGUACGGCAUUACAAGCGGCAACUCGCACGAACCCUCUGCACGUCGUGUCACGCUAGACCCCGAAGGUCGCGGCACCUACCCUGCGUGGUCUACAGCUGCAUGCGACUCUGCUCGUGAAGAAGAUCUUGGCCAUGCAGGCCCGGCUCUCAAGGCAGGGCCAAUGUCUCCCCCCGUAGCACGAUCGUACGAAGAGACAUUCUCUAAAGAAGGCGAUGACUGGAGAAGACGACUGCAAACCACUGUUUUCUCGACAACUCCGCCUGCGGAAACCCGCCCACCCAACGGACACGAGGACGGGCUCCCUGUUGAGGAUGGCCCCGAGACUCGUGGACUUGCAAGGUGCGAGCGCGGGGUCGAAGAAAGCCGCUUGCCCCAAGAUGGCGGGGUCAUAAGUCCACCGCGGACGGAAGACAAGAAGCCGGCCGUCGCUUCCAGGACUGAAUACUGCAAGCACACCGGGUGCACCAGGACUCCCCGGUACGGUCGUAAGAACGGCCCCCUGACGUUGUGCCAGUCGCACAAGAGAGCCGGUCUGUACACCGUCCGCGACGGCGUGCUCCUGGUGGCUACCCGUGACGGCAGCGCUUUCAGGGAGAAAGCUGGGUCGAGUUCAUCCGUCAACAGCAACAAAAAUGGUACCGCUACUGGAGCCGCAGCCCGGAGGAAAUGCGAGGCUCCUGACUGCACCAUCCAGCCCAGCUACGGUGACCCCGGUACUAGCCGACCACGUUUCUGUUCUAGUCACAAGGAGAAACAGAUGGUCAGCCUCAAGAAUCGCCCUUGCCUGUUCCCUGGGUGUGACAUCAGGCCCCACUACGGGCUUUCAAUGGGGCGCGCCGUAUAUUGCGUCAGUCACAAGAAGGAUGGGAUGGUGCAUCUACUGAAAGAGGCCAAAAACCUGGAGAAAGAAGAGCUGAAAAGGAAACGUCGUGAGUGCGGCGAAGUCGAAGAGGAUCUGGCAGAUAGAGACUCUGGGCACGAUGGCGAGGAGCAGGCCGGAUCGGCGGAAGGCAGUCUGCAGCAGCGGAAGAGGAAGAAGAAGAAGGCGAAAAGGGAAGGGACAAAGCGCUCUUCCGGUAGUCAUGGAAAACCCACGAACAAGAAGAAGAACAAGAACACUGCAGCGUCUCCAUCCCAUCUGCGUACCGCAGGACAGUCGGCAUUGGCCCCAUCCGACGACAUGAGGCUCCUGCAAAGUGCCAGACAGUCCGCGCACGAAGAAGCAAGUGGCUCCGGUCGUAGAGCGCGCGUCCCGUCCCGCAAGGUCCUAGAGGCUUCAGGGAAGAUGGCCGGCGAGACCGCGCAGUGGAUGACCAAAGAGAAGAAGGAGGAGCAGGCCAGGAUCAACAAGAGGUUCCGGGCACAGCGGAAGGCGGCGGCGGCAGCGGGGCUGAAGAUCGGGGAAGUCAUCGAAGCCACCGCAUCUCCUGCACCCCGAGCUGAGAGCGAGGAGGAGGGCCUCGGAAGCGGCGGAACUUCGAUUCGUGGUGGAGGAUCGCCGGUGUCGAAAGCCUCCUGGCGCAAGCUCACUCCGACCGAAAUCCUGCCGGCAGCCGGUAAGAAACCGUCCGCGGAAGGCGCUGCAUCCGAAGUUCGCGGCAAUGAUGCCGCCAUGGCCGAAACAACGGAUGAACAGGUUGUCGGCAAGCAGCCGGAAACGGCACCAGUCGUUUCAGAUGGCGGAGGUCGGUCGGAGAGGAAGCCAGCAGAAACAAUGGCCUCCGGCGCUGAGAUGAGCUCACAGGAAGACUCAACUACCACGAACGCAUUCAACGAGGGCAGUCUCAAACACCACAAGAAGAACCAGGUCGAACACAGCAGUGCGUCCAGCGAGAGCGAGAAGGGAAGAUACCGGGUGCAGCAGGCCGGGCGACAAACGAGCGCUGUCAAGGUCGUAUGCGAGCUCGACAGCUGCUCGAGGACGGCCAAGUUUGGUGUCCACGGCAUCGUGCGCUACUGCUCCAGGCACCGUAUUUUCGGGAUGCACAAGAUCGUCGGGGUGAAAAAAAGCCCGCGGGUUUCGGGUGAGGCCGCUCUACAAUAGCCGAGAACGGCCUGGAGUGUCUGGAUGUUGAGGUGGGGCCUGAAAGGUCCAAGCGUCACCCUCCAGGAUGGGAAAAAAGCAUCAGUAGGAAAGAGUGGCUUCAGCUUGUAUAACACCCGGGUGCUGUAAACAUAUGUGGUCUAGAUGUACAUAUGUACAUGAUCUUUUGUCUGAGAAUAGAAACGGGGUGCGCCAUAUCAGUACCAACCAGUACUGAUUUUUACG